AGCCCCAGCGCGUCUCUCCUCGUGUCUUCCUGGUUUCAGGGGGUUUUUGCCUGCCCCGACCGCCCUGUGACAUGCCUGAGCACACGGCUGCCUCGAGGCUCCGGCUCUCCGGGCUGUGCUUCGUCCUCCAAAUCCUCACCAUCCUCCUCUUUGCCGUCUUUGUCCGGUACAGCCCAGAGAGCAGCCUUGGCCUCUGCUCCCAGAAGCUGAACUGCAGCUGGAGAAGCCAGGACUUGGGUUUUCAGCACCCCCGUUUCCGGGAUGUCCAUCUCCAAUCUCUGCUCGGCUUCGGGCUCUUGGUGGCCUUCCUCAGCCGCUACGGGCCGGGCAGUGUGGCCAUCAGCAUCCUCGUCGUGGCCUUCGCCAUCCAGUGGGCCGUACUGAUCCAGGGGUUUUUAUACUUCUUCCUGAAUGGCAAAAUUUACGUGGGAGCUCAGAGCAUGGUCAGCGCUGACUUCUGCGCCGCAGCCAUUCUGAUCGCCACCGGCGCCCUUGUGGGCAGGGUAAACCCCGUCCAGAUGCUGCUGCUCACCCUGCUGGGGGUCACCCUCUUCACCCUCAACGAAUACGUCCUGCUCAGUCUCAUGGGGGUGAGGGACAGCGGGGGCUCCUUGACCGUUCACACCUUCGGUGCUUAUUUCGGUUUGAUGGUUUCACGGAUCUUGCACGAGCCUCAUAUGGAGAAGAGGAAGGAGCAGCAGGACACGGGGCACCAGCCAGAUUUCUUCGCUGUGGUUGGAACAAUCUUCCUGUGGAUCUUCUGGCCCAGCUUCACCUCAGCCACCACCGCCCGUGACGCCGCCGAGCCCUGGGCAGUGCUCAACACCUACUUCUCCCUGGCGGCGAGCACCUUGGCCACCUUCGUGCUCUGGCCUGUCCUCCACGCGGAGGGCAUGCUGCGGAUGGUUCAGCUCCAGGAUGCCACCUUGGCCAGCGUGGCCAUGAUGGGUAUGGCCGGGGAGAUGCUGGUCACCCCCUUUGGGGCCCUCAUUGCUGGAUUUCUGGCUGGUCUGAUCCCUCCACUUGGCUUCAGAUUCUUCACGCCCGUCCUACGCUCCAGGCUGAAAAUCCAAGACACUUGCGGGGUUCAGAACGUCCACGGGCUGCCGGGGAUCCUGGGCUCCCUGCUGGGGACGCUGCUGGCAGCACUGGCCACCGCAGAUGCUUACGGUGGCAGGCUGGAGCUCGUGUUCCCGCUGGUGGCCCAAGGCAGCCGGACAGCCCCGGACCAGGCGCUCUGCCAGCUCAGCGCCCUGCCCGUCACCCUGCUGCUCGCCGCGCUCGGGGGCUGCCUCACGGGAGCCGUCCUGAAAAUGAAGGGGCUGAGGUCUCCCCCGGCCACGCGGGACCCGGCAGACACGGUCCUCUGGGAGGUGCCCGAGGACGGGUGUAACCGCAGGGUGAGCAGAAAGGAGCCAGCCACCAGCACCUUGGUCUGAUGAGCCCGACCCCUCCCUGGUGAGGUCCUGCACCAAAACCCUCCGCCAGCAUCGCCAGCGCCGGGCAGCCUGAACCUCCCAGCACCCUGCUCAGGGGACAGCCAGGCUUGGCCCCAUGUGGGACCUGACUCCUGGGCCCAAAGGUUUUGGGGGCUGUUGGGUGCUCCCGGGCCCUUGCAGGGUGAAGAGGUGCUGCAGCGAUACGGGUGCUCGCUGUGGGAGUGACCUGCCUUGCUCCAGGGACACCUUGGGGUGUCCAGACUUGGCUCAGCCACUUCCCCUCGCUGCUCUGUGCCUCAGUUUCCCCAUCUACUGCUCUCCAAAGAGAGGAAGGCAACAAGGGGGGGCUGUGUCGGGGACGGGGUGUACCAGCCUCCACAGAGAGCAGCAGAGACUUUCUACAGGCACUUUUGCACACAAUUAAAACACAUUGAUCUCUUGU